AUGAAAGAAAAAGAAUUGGAUGAGACUGUAAUUCAACUUGAGAACAAAAAACUGGAUGAGUGCCAUCCGGUAGAAGAUCCUGAAGCCGCAACUGCUUAUAAUAGUGAUGAAGACAAUGAAGAUUCAAGUGAUGCUGAAAGUGAAAAUGCAGUUGAAGAUAAUGAUGAUACAAGUGAUGAUGGUGCAGAAGUAAAUGACCAAGGUAGAAGCAGUACAAUGCACUUUAAUGUUCUUGCUUUUAUGGUUGUAGCAUAUUAUUGUAAAGAGGGUGAAGAAGACCCACAGUAUUACAAGGAUUUCCAAGAAGGUAACCCUGAGUUUGAGGAUGAACCUGGUGAGCUUUUUGAUGACUCAUAUUUUGUUAAACCACUAGAUCCUUCACAAAUGAUAGUAGGUACUACCUUUCCUGAUAAAGAUGCAUUCAAAAGACAUCUUAAGUUAUUCUGUGUUAAAAAUGAAUGUGAAUUUAAGUCUAGAAAGAGUGACAAGAAAAGACUUAGGGUUUGGUUUGAAAAUAGGUUUGACCAUAGAGGAGAGGUUGAGUGUGAGUGGUUUGUGUUUGCUUCAGUACUACCAAAGCAGUCUACAUUUAAGGUUAAGUCUGUGAACUUAAACCAUACUUGCAAGGGAAGGAUUGUAGAAGACAAGAUUCCCAAUAGAUCUGCAGACCCUCCAUUAAUAGUUGAAGUUAUACAAGAGCAGUUGAAGAAUGGAUCUAGAAAAGUAAUUCCAAGACCAAGACAAAUUCAAGAGGAUUUCAAGGCUUCUCAUAUCAUUGAUAUUACUUAUCAUACAACAUGGAAGGCUGGGAACUUAGUGAUGGAAGCUAAGUAUGGAAGUUAUGAAGAGAGUUACAAACUAGUUCCUCGGUUUUGUAAGAUGGUGUGUCACUCCAACAAGAAUUCAGUUGCAAAUUUCUCAUAUUGUAAUGCUGACAUGGCUUUUGAGUCAAUGACAAUAAGCUUUGCUGGAGCUAUCAAAGGGUGGAAGGAAGGGUGUAUAAGAGUUAUUGGGAUAAAUGCUUUUCAUUUAAAUGGUAAGUGUGGUGGUGUAUUGAUGGCUGCAACUGGGUUAGAUAGUCAAAAUGAUAGGCAAAAAGGGCUACUUGAAGCUGUUCCUUUAGUGUUCCUAGGCUCACAUCACAGAUAUUGUUGGAGACACUUGUAUAACAAUUUCAAGCAGCAGUUUAAGGGACAAAAGUUGUAUAACUGUCUGUGGAAUGUAGACAAAUGCUACAAGAAGAAACAUUUCUAUAAACAUAUGGAAGAUAUGAAGAAGGAGAAUUCUGCUGCUGUGGUGUACCUUGAAAAAGCUGGUUUUGAGUCAUGGUCUAGAGCCUUUUUUAUGACACUAAUGGUUAUGAGUUUGUUUCACAAAAUGAGAAAAGAAAGUGCAAAAUGGAAUCCAAAUGGAUUGGUUCCUACUGCUAUGAACCUGAUUGGUAAAUUGUGUAAGUUGGUUGGUGGAUUUAAAUUAGACCCAUGUGUGAGUGGUAAAUUGUAUAAAGUUACAAAUGAGGGUAGCAAGGCAGUUUUUAUUGUGAACUUGGACGAAAAGCAGUGCAGUUGUCUACAAUGGCAACACAGAGGGUUUGUUUGUCAACAUGCUGUUUUUUGUUUGAAGCCAUUCAGACUUGCUUGGACAAAAUAUUGCUCUCAUUAUUACACAGUUGCUGCAUAUAAAGCCACAUAUGCUCAAGUUGUCUUUCCACUUCCUCCUCAAGAAGAUUGGCCUGAGUUGGAAGAACAUUAA